ACUAUCUGAGAUCGGUUAAAAUUACUAUUGACAGGGAAUGGUGGCGCGAGUGUUUCUAGAGUAAACACUAUGCCCCCUGAAAUUUUGAAUUCCGGGAAGUUAGAUUCUCCUGUUGUGUUGGAACGAUCCAAGACCGAGACGCCGCAAAAACACGACGACAUACUCGCCGAAGAUGCUGCUCAGAUUUUCGAUGAUCAAAUUUCUGUUCAGCAGAAGUUAACAUUGUUGAACAGAAUAGCUACCGUUAAAAACGACGGGACCGUAGAAUUUGAAGUUCCAGGAGAUGUUGGACCGCAAACUUUCGGAGUUGGUACCGGAAGCAUACGCGAUGAAGUUGACGACGAGACUACCGAUGCAACAGAUCUCCAAUACAUUCCUCCGUUGCAAAUUGUAAUGCUUAUCGUUGGGACUCGUGGAGACGUACAGCCGUUUGUUGCAAUUGGAAAGCGACUACAGGAUUACGGCCAUCGUGUUAGAUUGGCUACACAUUCAAAUUUCAAAGAGUUCGUCUUGACUUCUGGUUUGGAAUUCUAUCCCCUUGGUGGUGACCCGAAAGUUCUGGCAGGAUACAUGGUUAAGAACAAAGGCUUUUUACCAUCCGGACCUUCGGAAAUCCCCGUACAAAGAAACCAAAUGAAGGAAAUAAUUUAUUCUCUACUCCCUGCGUGCAAAGAGCCCGACAUUGAUUCCGGGGUUCCUUUCAGGGCAGAAGCAAUUAUCGCUAACCCUCCAGCUUAUGGACAUACACAUGUUGCAGAGGCAUUAAACAUACCUAUUCAUAUAUUUUUCACAAUGCCGUGGACGCCAACCAGUGAAUUCCCGCAUCCUUUAUCUCGUGUGAAGCAAUCAGCUGGAUACAGAUUAUCGUACCAGAUUGUAGACUCCUUGAUUUGGCUAGGGAUAAGAGACAUGAUAAACGAUGUUAGGAAAAAAAAGUUGAAGCUAAGGCCAGUCACAUAUUUGAGUGGAUCGCAGGGCUCCGAGUCCAAUAUUCCGCACGGAUAUAUCUGGAGUCCUCACCUUGUUCCGAAACCGAAAGAUUGGGGCCCGAAAGUUGAUGUAGUUGGAUUUUGCUUCCUUGAUCUUGCAGGAAAUUACGAGCCCCCCAAGCCACUUCUAAACUGGCUUGACGCUGGUCGAAAGCCAAUAUAUAUUGGGUUUGGCAGCCUUCCUGUCGAGGAACCAGAGAAGAUGACGCAAAUCAUUGUCGAAGCUUUAGAAAUAACUAAUCAGAGGGGCAUUAUUAACAAAGGCUGGGGUGGUCUUGGUAACUUGGCAGAAGAAAAGGACUUCGUUUAUCUGCUGGAUAACUGUCCUCAUGACUGGCUUUUCUUGCAAUGUGCUUCCGUGGUGCAUCACGGAGGUGCAGGAACAACAGCCGCUGGUCUUAAAGCUGCGUGCCCAACAACUAUCAUCCCUUUCUUCGGCGACCAACCUUUCUGGGGAGAGAGAGUCCACGCCAGAGGCGUGGGUCCUCCUCCAAUUCCAGUCGACGAAUUUUCGCUUCAAAAAUUGGUUGACGCAAUCAAUUUUAUGCUAGACCCCAAGGUGAAAGAGCGUGCAAUUGAACUUGCGAAGGCCAUGGAAAAUGAAGACGGAGUUACGGGAGCUGUGAAGGCGUUCCUUAAACAUCUUCCUCGUAAAAAACUCGAGCCCGAUUCUCCAGAACCUACACCGUCAACACCGUCGAGCCUUUUCUCUGUACGUCAAUGCUUUGGUUGUUCCUAGAUUUUCGAUUGUUCUUUGUCGGCUAUUUAAUUUAUAAAUUUUGAUUAAUAUUUGGUGACACUACGCAUCAUUUUUUUCGUUUACGGUUCGUGUUUCGCAUUACUAACUGACUCUGUAGAGUGAUUGUUGUACAAGUGUUGUGUUUCUUGAUAUGUGUGUGCAGAGAAUGGGGUUUCAA